CCCAAUCUCACUUCCCCAGAGAGAACUUCACAAAUAACAAAUUCACAAUCAAGAGACGAGGAUGAAGUAUCUCGGAGACUACAAGAUCGUUUUACUCACUUGCUCUGUCAUCGCUCUCAGCAUCUACAUCGCGAUUUACCGAAUCGAGUUUGGAAACGGCAAUUUCACGGCGAAUCGUACCGACGGUGGUGGCAAGGUUUCCGAGAACCCUUUCUUCGAUGAUGAUUUCAUGUUCAUGUCCGUCUCUGAAGAUAUCGAUCGGUCUUUCUCCCUACACUACGAUUACUACCGUGAAUCUUGUCCUUCCGCCGAGAAAAUCAUCGCUAAAUCCAUCAGAGAUAUCUCCGAUGUCAAACCCAGCGUUGCUCCUUCUCUCAUCCGUCUCCUCUUUCACGAUUGCUUCAUCGAGGGAUGUGAUGCAUCAGUCCUUCUAGACGUUGAUGAAUCAAAUACUUCUGAGAAAGAAGCAUCUCCAAACCUCUCUUUGAAAGGGUUUGAUGUGAUUGACGCUAUUAAGUCUGAGCUGGAGACUGUUUGCCCUGGAGUUGUUUCCUGUGCUGAUCUUCUUGUCUUGGCUGCUAGAGAAGCAGUCCUUGUGGCUGGUGGUCCAUUUUAUCCUCUGGAGACUGGAAGAAAAGAUAGUGCAAUGGCCUUCAAGAAAAUUGCGCAAGACGAGCUUCCUGGACCACAAGCUAUUCUCUCUGAGAUUCUUGCGAGGUUUGCUUCCAGAGGAUUCAGCAGGAGAGAAACCGUCAGCUUAUUCGGUGCACACAGCAUAGGCAUUACUCACUGCACAUUUUUUGAGAACCGCCUGUACAACUUCUCAGGAACCGGGAAGCCUGACCCUGAUUUCAAUCCAGGGGUCGUCCAAGAACUGAAAACCAAAUGCCCCUUCUCUGUCUCAGCUUCAUCUCCAUCUGCAUCCCCUGGUUUAGUACCGUCCUUACCUGCAUCAGAUUCCAGAAACAGCUACGGUAUGAGCUCAGGAAGCAGUAAUGAUGGAGUGAUCGACUUGAGCUACAACAAUGAAGGAGGUGAUGAAAAUUUUGGAACUCGCUACUUCAAGAGACUGAUGGAGAAGAAAGGGCUGCUGUUUUCUGAUCAGCAACUAAUGGGUAGUGAAGAGACUGAGUUGUGGGUGAGAGCAUAUGCUUCUGAUCCGUCCUUGUUCCGCAGAGAUUUUGCCAUGUCGAUGAUGAAACUAUCAAGCUAUCAUGUAUUGACUGGUCCCCUAGGUCAAGUGAGGACAACAUGCUCAAAAGUCCUGCCUAGGAACUGAUCUUUUCUUUUACCACUUUAGUGAACUCAUGUUGUUUAGAGUUCUGUUGAUGAGAUUUUCUGAUUUUGAGGGAAACAUAUCCGAAUAUGUAGAAAGUGAACUGAGGAUUGUGAGUUUGAUUGAUAUUCAGAAUGGCAUAUAAAUAAGUUGAGUUCUCUUCUC